GCUUGCCGAUCAGGCGGUGGCAGCGUCACAGAAGAAUGAGGGACGAGGUGAAGAUGGACGCGAAUCGCCUGAUCGCUGAAGUGUACAAACGGCCGGCGCUAUGGAACCAGAGGCACAUCUCCUACCACAAUCGCGAGGUGACCAACCGCGUCUGGAUGGAGAUCGCGACGAUAUUCAAUCUCCCCAAGCCAAUGCUGAAAGCCAAGUGGAAAGGCCUACGAGACACGUUUCGCGCCGAGCUAAAGAAGGACCAAGUGUACCGUAAGAGCAAAUUCCACCGCAACCGGCCUGUAUGGAUCCACUUCAAAAGUCUGCAAUUCCUCAAGGAGCAAAUGCUGCCACGGCCACCGAUCUGGGAGCGCAGCGUCGCCAAGACGGAGGACGACCUGCAGCCGUGCGAGAGCGAGACGGAGAACGGCGCGACGGUACACGGCGGCCUCGACGGCGGUUUUGAUGACCGCGACGCGAUCGCCGAUCACUUGCUGUCCAUGGCUGGUCACGACAAUGGUCAUCAUCAGCUAAAGCUGGACAGCGAUGGUCGACGCAUCGUGGACGUCAAGCGCGAGCCCGAGGACAGCUUCGACAACCUCGAGUUCCAGAGUGUCGCCGAUAACUUGGCGGACAACGAGAUGAUGCUGCAGAACAUUUCGCCCGAACAGGUGCUGAUGAGCGAUAAUGACGGUGGCGUCGGCCUGGGCAGUGCGGAUCCACUCGAGAACCGCUUCGACGACAACUACUAUUUCCUCAUGAGCCUGUUGCCGCACAUCAGGACCUUGCCAGCAGAUCGUCGGAUGCUGCUGCGCAUGCAGAUGCAAGAGCUCGUUUACAAGGAGGUCUACAAGAAGGCCGCCGACGGCGAGCAGACGGCGAAGACUUAACUCAAAUCGCGCGGGUGACCGCCGUCGGCCGUUUCUCGGCGUCGACUCGCGAGAUUCCUUGUUCCCUCGAGGAGUAAGGAGUCCUGAUUUCAUACGUGUAUAAACGAGAGAGACCCUUAGUCCUCGAGAAUCGACUAUGUAUGAUCCUUAGAAGACGCAGUGUAUUUUUGAUUCUCUCCGUACGAGAUCGAUCGGUGAAAAAUAAAAGAGAGGUAGUUACCUUUUGUUAGAGAGCGAUGUUGAGGAAGAAUUGAACGAGCCGUAAAGAGUGCUAGUAGAACUCGAAGAAUAGUCAACACUAAAGUAGACGGCCGGUGAGUUCAUGUAGUGGUCCCCCGAAUGAAUUCAGAGAGCGGACAGUGUUUCCAUACUUCGGAAGAAACGAACUUUUGUGGCGGAAUCCAUUUUGUCGCGAAUUUUUUUCAUAUAUUGAAUCUGACGCAGUAUAAAGCACCUUCCGAUACCAGUACAGAUCUCGCAGGUAGGCAGGUAGGUAGGCUGUCAAUUAUCCGUUCAGCGAUGUUUGUUGGCAUCUUCGAUCGCUGAAAGAUAUCGUUUGCGGUAAUUACUAUGCAGAUCACACAUACAUAUAAAGACAAAUUAUUACAAAGAGAGAGAGUUCAAUACACUUUAAAUUACUCGAAUACAAUUAAACGUUACAAUCGAUACACAAUUGAUUAUCACUUGACGUAAUAAUUGGCAAAGUUCAAUACACUUAAAAUUAUCUAAACGUCGAUUACCUAUCUGUACAUUACAAUAAUUAUAAACUACAGUGUCCAAUCAAAAUGUCAUCGCGCUCACUCGUUGCUCUUGCCCCCUGAAAAAGAAGAGCCCGGCAAACAUCGCUUAACGCAAACGCGAAAUACCGCUAGGCGGAUCAUCCCGGUAUUAACGCGGAGAGUUACGUUGGGCACCUGAACUCGACUGCUGAUGGCGACACGGCGCGGCGACACGGUUGAGCGCCACUGGUGCUUUCUCGUACCUGCGGGUACGACCGUGACGCACACCUGUGCGCCCGUGUAUUCCGCGUCGCUCUACGCGGCCACGUGUGUACGUGCACGCGCAUGCACACAUACACACACGCACAUGAUGUUGUACGUGGUGCACGGGCAUUUCGCUGCCGUGGAGGACGCAUGCGCGCUCACCGUAGCUCCAAUCGGAUCCGAUCGUUUCCUUCGCUUUCGCGUCGCGUCGCGACUCCUCGUCCGUGCCUACAGUUCAGUUCGGCCGAUCGCUCCCGCACCGUUAGCUCCGAUCGGCGUGAUUCUCUCGCGGGUCUCAACUACCUGUCGUUCUGUCUCUCUCUGGCCGCCGUCAGACAGUCGAACGACGUCGCGUCACGCGUUAUUCCUAACGUAACGUAGGCGUCGCGUCGCGUCGAUCUCUCUCUGGUGCGAGCACAGGUGUUGGUAGAGUUUAGUGGCUGACAGGGAUACACCGCGUUGCUACAGUGGUACUGCCUACUCUCUCUCUCUGUGGUCCUGUCGGAACUUAUUGUCUCGUGUCGCUCAAGGUGAGUCGAUUUUCUGAAAUCUCAGUCGUCAGAAGCAGGAGAGAAUUCGCUCUCUCCAGCUUCUCUCCGUGCAGGAUGUUUCGCUGGCAGGUAACUGUUCACGACGCUCGGAUUUCUCGCGACAACUUCGGGGUCGAUUUUUUCUUUCCAAAGAAAAUGUCUAACGAGGUCAUUAUUCAGGUGUCUUCUGUGAGUCAGUAAUUAAUAUUUCGUUAAAGUGAAGUCGUAUCUAAGAUCGCGUCUGUGUCAUCUGUUUUUUUUUUUCAAUGCGUGGCUCACACGCGGAAGACUGCGCAUUUUCAAACGUUAAUUGCGCGAAAAUCAUCGCCAGUAUUUCUGUCGAGGAAAAAUCGACUGUGAAACAAAAAAAAAAGGAA